GGCGACAGGGCGCCGCGGGGGUUAAGAGGGGUUUUGGGACAGCGACACAGACCCGCAGCAUGGGGCUCGCCUGCUUCAAGUCCUGGAAGUACGAUAGCGCCGCGCGGAAAGGUGGGAACCGGGACGUGCCAGUCAGCCCCGGGUCCUACUUCUUCCUGUCCAACAGCUGUGGUCAAGGUGAGGAGUGGCUGAAGACCCUCAACAAGGGCGUGUGGAUACCCUUCACAGGAGUGUUUGGCCAGCGGCUGGAGGAGACGGUGGUGUACGAGCGGCGGUACGGCGAGCAUGCGGCGCCCCUGGUGGUGGAGCAGUGCGUGGCGUUCAUCCGCGAGCGCGGCCUCCAGGAGGUGGGGCUCUUCCGCCAGCCCGGCCAGGCCACGCUGGUCAAGGAGCUGCAGGACGCCUUCGACGCCGGGGAGAAGCCCUCCUUCGACAGCAGUACGGACGUACACACAGUGGCCUCUCUGCUGAAACUCUACCUGAGGGAGCUGCCUGAACCUGUGGUGCCUUUUUCCCGUUACCAGGACUUCCUGCUCUGCGGGAAACACAUCCUCAUUGACAGGAAGCAGGGUCUUUUAGAGUUGAAAGGACUCUUGCAUGAACUUCCUGUGGCCAACUUCAACCUACUGCACUACAUCUGCCAGUUUUUGAACGAGGUUCAGUCCCACUCCAGCAGCAACAAAAUGAGCACCCCGAACCUGGCCACCGUGUUCGGACCCAACAUCCUGCGCCCCAAAGCAGAGGACCCCGAAAGCAUCAUCGGAGGAGCAGCCGUGGUGCAGCAGCUGAUGUCAGAGCUAAUCAGAGAGUUCAGCCUCCUGUUCGUCAGGGAGAGAGACGCCUGGCCAGGCUCCUCCCCCUUCACGGAGGGGCUCUGCAUGGACCCCGCGGCCCAGCCGCACUGCUCCUGCCCCACCCCCGGCCCGGGCAGCGAGGGGCUCCCCCUGUCCCCACGAGCGGCCGAGGCAGGGCCUCCCCAGAGCCCCCCCGGUGAAGCCGCGAUCUGCCGCCAGUCCGAGACGGAGCCCCGCCCCUUCGACACGCCCUCCCUCGGCAGCCCCGUCGACCCUCUGUACGAAAACUUCCUCCUGUCCUGCUACCAGACCCCUCCCCCUCCACCUUCCGUUCCCACAGCGACAGCACGGCAAGGCUGCCCCGCGCCGGGCGGCGCCGUCGGCUGGGUGGGUGGAGGGGGGAGGGGCCGGUCGGCGGGGGGCGGUCUGCGAGAGAGGCGCAGGGCGAGCGACGCCCACGAGAGCACCCUGUCCGUGUACGACAACAUGGACGCCGGCGGGAGCGGCGCCCGGGCGCGUACCCCGGAGCGCGAGGACGCCGCCACCAGCGCCGACUCCAGCUCCUGGUCCUCCUGCGAGCUCCUGGUGGAGGACCCCGCCGCCGGCGGUCUCCCCUCCCUCAGAACCGACCCCGAGGAGCGCCGCGUCAACUCCCCCGCCUCCUCCGCCCUCACCGACGCCCCCCUCAGCAGCGGCAGCAGCGAGGUCUUCCUGCCCUCGGCCCCCCCGGACACCCCCGGGGCCCCCGCCCCUCACGCCCCCUCCAACGCCAUGCACUGCAUCCUGGCCGGGCUCCGGCAGCAGAUGGCGAGGCAGAGGCUGGAGUUUGAGUCCCGGAUCAAAAGCCUGGAGCAGAGGAACGAGGCCCUGCUGGCCGAGGUGUCGGGGCUGCGGGCCAGCCUGGAGCAGCAGCGGCGCUGGUACAGCGUGGUGGAGAUAAAGAUGCGCAACGCGGAGCGCGGCCGGGCCGACGCCGACCGCCGCAACGCCGCCCUGCAGGCCGAGAUGGAGCAGUUCUUCGACACCUUCGGCGAGCUGGGCGGCGAGGCCCGGAAGGCCGAGCGCAUCGUGCAGAGCUUCUGAGCGAAGGGGGGGGGGGGGGGCGGAGCCUCGCUCCCGUCACGCCCCUGACAUCACGAGGAACAAGCCAACCAAAGGCGAGAAGAUUUUUAAAGGUUCAUGUGUGCAGUGUGGAAAAUAUCAAUGUGCUCAGAACUGAAAAGACUGCCCCAGGAAAAAAUGAAAGAAAAUGGCUUGCGGCAAGGGGAGGACAGAAACGGACACCCACAGGGCUGAACCAGGGCUAAGCUCUGCUCAAGCGACUUUCACUGCAAGACCUCAGGAUUUUGACCUUUUGGUGAAUCCCUUUUUUUUUUUUUUUUUCUAACCUCACCACUCUGCUUCAGUCCCCACAGUGGUGUGGGGGGGUGUCUACGCUGAGCGCACCUCUUCCCAGAACUAUGCAACCAAACUGUCGGACACCCCCCCCCAAUCCCCAAGCACCUCUAAGGACAGAGACUUCCAGACAGUCACAUCCCAGAAUUCCACAGGGGUGGACAAAAGACAGUCCUGUGUCACUGUGCCAGAAUUUUCAGAUUUUGAAUGAUUUUGUAGAUGUACAGUAUUUGCAGCACACACAGACACACACACACUCAUAAACAAUCGCAUCCUCAUCAGAAUUGCCUUGCUGCAUGGUCUCAUUGGCUAUAAGUGGAUACGUAUUUGUGAAAUUAGAUUGCAUUGCAGAAGAGAGCAUGUGACUGGCUAAUGGGAUUGAGAUUGAACCACAUGACCAAGCUAUGAAGAUUAGAGCCGUUCCUUAGUAACGAGUAAGACUACAGACAUGCAGGUGUCACUUAAUGAGGAAACCAUAGGCUAGGACUGAUCCUUAAAUCAUGUGGAUGGUUCACCUAACCCACAGUCCAAAGAGUCAGCCAAUCCACGUACAAUAAAUAUCAGUGUACCAGCACCUGACAUUAAAUACGAUCUCUAUGAGAAAAAUUCUUCAGAAAAUUGCUAAUGCCCCUAAGGAGAUACCCAUGAGAUCCCCGUGAACAGAGAUGAUCAAGUGGAGUUGUAUUUCUUUUACACUCACACACUGAUACAUACACACACUUUUGACAUGACCAUUUUAAUGAAAUAAAAUAACCAAAGAAAAUA